CGUGGGGCUGGCAGGACUCGACGGACGCUCGGGAUAGAGGAGCUCAAGAAGAGCACAGACUAUGAGGGGCAAUUGAAUUCCCCUUCCUCCGCCCCCCAUGGGCUAUCCCCUUUGCUUAUAAAGGCCCUGGUCACCGGGCGGGAGCUCGGCGUCGGUUCCUUCUCUUUGGAGCGGGGCUGGCUCUGGGACCUUCCCGGUUCCCCGGUGCGGGGCUGCGCCAUCGCCUUCGCCGCGCUGCUGCCGCUGGACUUUGAACAAGCCCGGGGCUGGUGGAACAGGUUUCCUCCCUGCCGCCGCUUGCGUCAAUCCCGGGAGGAGGAUCCUCGAGGAGACCUGCAAAGAAAAAGAAAUAGAAGCCGUUAAGCUACCUUGUUCAGAGACAACAUUAAAUCAGCACAACAUGGCACAGCAUAGUAUUGUCCUUGGAUUAUUCAUGAUGACUGUUUUAUCACUGUUGGAUGGAAGUUCAACUUUCCUGUUAAAUCAGCGUCUGAAGGGAAGAUUUCAAAGAGACCGUAGAAACAUCCGCCCAAACAUCAUCCUUGUUCUUACGGAUGAUCAGGAUGUAGAACUCGGCUCUAUGCAAGUGAUGAAUAAAACAAGACGUAUCAUGGAGCACGGAGGGGCUCAUUUCAUCAAUGCUUUUGUGACAACACCCAUGUGCUGCCCAUCUCGCUCCUCUAUCCUGACGGGGAAGUACGUCCACAACCACAACACUUAUACUAACAAUGAGAACUGUUCUUCUCCAUCCUGGCAGGCUCAGCAUGAAAUACACACCUUUGCAGUGUACCUUAACAAUACAGGGUACAGGACAGCUUUCUUUGGAAAGUACCUUAAUGAAUACAAUGGCUCCUAUGUGCCUCCUGGUUGGAAAGAAUGGGUUGGAUUACUUAAAAAUUCUCGAUUUUACAACUACACGCUCUGUAGAAAUGGAGUGAAGGAGAAGCAUGGAUAUGACUACUCCAGGGAUUAUCUGACUGAUCUGAUUACCAAUGACAGUAUUACCUUCUUUAGAAUAUCAAAGAAGAUGUAUCCUCACAGGCCCGUGCUGAUGGUUAUAAGCCAUGCUGCUCCUCAUGGUCCUGAAGAUUCAGCCCCUCAGUACUCACAACUCUUUCCUAAUGCCUCAGAACACAUUACUCCCAGUUAUAAUUAUGCUCCAAACCCAGACAAGCACUGGAUAAUGAGGUAUACCGGUCCCAUGAAACCUAUACACAUGGAGUUCACUAACAUGCUACAGAGAAAGCGCCUUCAAACACUCAUGUCUGUGGAUGACUCUAUGCAGCUGAUUUACAAUAUGUUGACUGAAACAGGAGAACUGGAAAAUACAUAUAUAAUAUACACAGCAGACCAUGGUUAUCAUAUUGGGCAGUUUGGGCUGGUGAAAGGGAAAUCCAUGCCAUAUGAGUUUGAUAUCAGAGUUCCUUUCUACAUCCGAGGACCAAAUGUGGAUGCUGGAUCCUUGAAUCCUCACAUUGUUUUGAAUAUUGAUCUUGCACCCACAAUUCUAGAUAUUGCUGGAUUGGAUAUUCCGUCUGAUAUGGAUGGUAAAUCCAUUCUAAAGCUGCUGGAUUCUGAGAGACCAGUAAAUAGGUUUCAUUUAAAGAAAAAGAUGAAAGUGUGGAGAGACUCAUUCCUAGUGGAAAGAGGUAAACUGCUGCAUAAAAGGGAGAACGAGAAGGUAGAUGCCCAAGAGGAAAACUUUCUACCCAAAUACCAGCGUGUGAAAGACCUCUGUCAGCGAGCUGAGUAUCAAACAGCUUGUGAACAGCUUGGCCAGAAGUGGCAGUGUGUGGAAGAUGCCAGUGGAAAACUCAAGCUGCACAAGUGCAAGGGUAUGGCAAGCUUGCCAGCUGCAAGCAACGGCAAAGCCGCCUCCAAUAUUUUGCCCAAGUAUUACAACAGGAAUAGCAAAGACUGCAGUUGUGAAGACAAUGAAUACAAGCUGAGCCACGUCAGACAGAGAAAGAAACUCUUCUCCAAGAAAAAAUUCAAACCAAGCUAUGUCCGGAAUCGCUCUAUUCGUUCUGUACCUGAGGUGGAUGGAGCCACCUAUAACCUGGCUUUGGAGGAUGGAUACCAGCCCAUCUUACCAAGGAACAUCACCAAGCAGCACAAGGUGCAGAGGGCUGUUUUCAACGAGGAGGAAGAUAGAGACAUGGGGGAAUAUAGUGGAACAGGUAGCAUUGCAGAGUACACAGCCCCUAAUCUGAUCAAAGUGACCCACAGGUGCUAUAUCCUGGAGAACGAUACCGUUCAGUGUGACACAGAUCUGUACAGGUCACUGCAAGCUUGGAAGGACCAUAAACUUCAUAUUGACCAUGAGAUUGAAACUUUGCAAAAUAAAAUAAAAAACCUGAGGGAGGUCAGAGGACAUCUAAAGAAGAAGCGACCUGAAGAGUGUGAUUGUAACAAGCUAAGUUACCAUUCAAAACACAAGAGCAAACUGAGACACAAAGGAUCCAGUCUUCAUCCUUUCAAGAAAGCCGUACAGGAGAAAGACAGGCUGUGGCUGCUACGAGAGCAGAGACGGAAGAAGAAACUGCGCAAAUUACUUAAGCGAAUUAAAAAUAAUGACACGUGCAGCAUGCCUGGUCUGACCUGCUUUACCCACGACAACCAGCACUGGCAAACUGCUCCCCUGUGGACACUGGGCCCCUUCUGUGCCUGUACCAGUGCCAACAACAACACAUACUGGUGUUUGAGGACAAUCAACGAGACCCAUAACUUCCUGUUCUGUGAAUUUGCUACUGGAUUUUUGGAGUAUUUUGAUCUCAAUACUGAUCCAUAUCAGCUAAUUAAUGCAGUGAACACGCUCGAUAGAGAUGUUCUUAAUCAAAUGCAUGUCCAACUCAUGGAACUCAGAAGUUGCAGAGGGUAUAAGCAAUGCAAUCCAAGAACUAGGAACAUGGAUCUUGGACUUAAAGAUGGAAGCUACGAACAGUACAGGCAGUUUCAGCGUCGAAAAUGGCCAGAUGUGAAGAGACCAUCAUCUGCCAAGUCAUCACUAGGACAACUAUGGGAAGGCUGGGAGGGCUAAUCUCCCCCAGCUGCUGCACCUCCAUGAGGAUACAAACUGGAUGGGACGACUCCAUGUACAGACUAAAUGAAUUGUAACAUUCACCUGAAGGACUGGAUAAGUCUGAGGCUGAAAUAGAAUGUUUGCACUGCUGAGCUGAAUAGAAGCAGUGAAAUUAUAGGAAAUGCUGUCAGAAAUACAGGUCUCUGAAAUCCACUAUUGUACCUGCUUUUUUGCUUUGGAUUAUACCUCACCUGCUUCAUCAGGCAUUUUACUUCAAGAAGACACAACUAAUGCUGAUUCAGGAAUUGACAGAGGAGGAAACCCACCCACAUCCCAAAGAGGACUGCCAUUGCAGUGGCAGUAUUUACACAGACAGCUGAAGGGACCUUAAAACAGUUUCCAGUUCAUGUGUAUCUUUAGUUGUCAUGAGAAAAACUUCAAAGCCAAGUACAACUCCGAAGCAAGAUGUAGAAAACAAGGAUGCUUUUGCAUAUCACUGGGGUAAAGGCAAUGUUGAAAAGAACUUUGAAAAGAUUCAGGAAGUGAAGUCAGCAGCACCAAGUGUUCUCAACACCAUGGCAUUUCUUCAAUUUCCUCUGAGGAUACAUUUUAGCUCCACAUCUAGUUGUCCAUCGUAUUGUCACUAUGAAGAUUAGAGAAAAUCUUGACUACAGGAUGCCAGAUUUUUGGAGGGGUUGUGUAAAUAUUGAUCAGUGUACUGUUUGAAAAUAAAUUCCUUCAGGUUGUGAAGAAAUUUGUUAAUAAAAAAGAGUGUAAUGCCCACACACCAUUUCUCAAAAUGUUAAGGUACUGAAAAAUCUCAGUAAAUGUACAUCUUAAAUUUUGACAAAAUCAGAUGUGUAGGAACAUUUUUUUAUGUGGUAAUAUUAUACUGUAAGUUCAAAACCAAAACAGUUCCUUUGAAAGAGCAGCAUUUGCUUUGCAGUGUAACUUUUACAUUUAUUUUUAAAAAAGGCAGCUCUGAGAGUUCAAUACUUAGAGUCAAUAAUCUAGUUAUACUUCAGCCUGCAAAAAAAUAAAUGUUCUGAAUGACAGUUACUGUUCAAAGCCUUUCAUAGGGGAAAAAAACCUGUAAUUUUACUAAGGAAGCACAGUGUACAGAAUUAUCUUAGUAGUUUCAUAAGAACAUUAUUACGUAUGUUGUAGUACAGGCACUAGUGGUGAGAUUUGUAUUUAUCAUUUCUAUCAUGUUACUUUGCUACCUGUUUUUAAAGGCAAAUGCCUGAGGGUGCUUAUGGGACAGACUCAACCAACUGUGGCCUUCACUCCUAACGAAGAGGUAUUUUUUUUCAAAGUGCAAACCUUACUUGCCCUUGUAGAAAUGCAAUAUAAAAAUAUAGCACGGAAAUUAUUUUGAAACCCCUCCUGCUUUUGCAAUUAGGAAAAUCAAGCAGAAUUAUAUCCAGGCAUAUAGAUCCCUGGUACCACAACCCCAUACUCAAAAGUUGUACUUUAAUUUAGGAAUGAGAAAAAAACCCUCCUCGAAAAGCAGAGGUGAAGUCUUUGUAUAUGCUAAGUAAGAUUGGACUUGAGUAUUUGUAUCACAUGUGAUAAGUCAAAUACGCUACCCAAAACUUUCUUGCAAGCUUUUUUAAAUUAUGGAAGUAAAAUAUGAAUGUCUGUCUUAUUCUAGCCAUGUAUUUUCAUUAUAACUUGUUAAAAUUUCAUGGAUUAUCAGAAAAAUCUACUAGAUUAUGAGAUCUUGGAUUCAUACAAGUAAGUAAAAAAAUACUUAAGUUCCCCAAAAACACCUUUUUUUUUUUGCUUUCCAGGGAAAAGUUUUAGCUGUCUGCCAUUCCCAGUGUGCAUGGAGAAAGAAUAUGAGGUUAGAUUUUUAAAAAAUUUGCACGCCCUUGCGUGUUUAGCCCAUAGUCCCUGGGAAGGUGAGGUUGUGACUAUUAAAAUCCUGUAGGGCUACUGUUACUGCACAUGUUACUCAUCAGUCAGAAGGUUGAAAAGUUAUCUUGUCCCUGUAUAGAAUAUACUGAGCUGUGAGACUUGCAUGUGACACAAGGAGCUGAUAUUUAAUGAAAGGGUCUUCUAGAGCUUGCUAUUUAAGUUGAAAAAGACAUAAAUUAUAGUUGCUGUCAGUGCUAAAUGUGUACCUCCUAAGUGAAAGGUCUCAGCUUUUACAGCCAACUAGGAUAAAAUGUAAAUCAUUCUUCAUACACAGUUUUCAUCAGUAAAAGCAGGGAAUUUUCUCUGAUCUUUACUGGAUAAUCAGCCUUAAAGUAUUAGCUCAUACAGUGUCACCAAGUUCUGAUUUUAAAUAGAAACCUUUAUUUACAUUAAUAUCCAAACACAAAAACCAGAAGGGCAGUAACACCUUACAACCAACCCUUUUAUAAAUCAGUCCCCAUGAUUUUUCUGUUUUGCAAAAUAAAGAUACAGAUAUUACAAGCAAUACUUAUAAAUGUAAUCUAAACUUAGAUGCAAUUCUCAAUACCGUAUGCCUUCUCCUGAGAAUUUUUUAAAAUAUUGCUCUCAGAAUUACAUGGUUUCACACUUGCUGUAUCAUUCUGUCAUUGGGUAGUCUUCACAUAAAUUCUAUAAUAAAAGGUGUGCGAAUUGGUGCAACAUUCAAGUAAGUUUUGUCUUGUGACAGAAAAGUGUUCUGAAUUUCUCACUUUGGAAGCUGUAUUUUAGGCC